CUGUCGUCACAACUGCUCAACAAAAACUCGGCACAUCUGCUCAACAAGUGACGUAAACCUCCCUGCAGACGACAGCGGCGGUCUCGAUCCAAGAUGGAGAACGGACGCGCCUCCCGUCGCCAUGACUACGACGACAAGGCGUUCACUGAGGCUGCGCGAGAUUUGAACGGCACCAUCAUGGCGGACACGCAUGAGAAGGAAGAGGACGUGCGAUGCGGUAUUCUGUGCUGCAAACCCAAAUGGGCUGCCUGGCUGGCCAACCCGAAGUUGUUCGUUCUGUGCUGGUGUCUCGCCAUUUUGAUGAACAUCAUCCUGGCGGCAGGAUACUUGAACGGUGUCCUCACUACCCUGGAAAAAAGGUUCCAGCUGACGAGUAAGGACCUGGGUAUCGUGGCCAGCGCCGCGGACAUCGGCAGUAUGGUGACGGUACUCUUCGUCACGUAUUACGGGGGAAAACCUGGCAACAGCCGCCCCAAAAUACUCGGAGUGGGGCUGUUGGGCCUGGCGCUGGGGGCUUUCCUCUCAGGACUGCCGCAUUUCGUCGCGCCUGCGUACGAGGUGGACCCUGAGAGCAUACCGAACUUCUCAUCACUGGAAAACAAGGAUGUGUGCCUGGCGAACAAGACCAACACUUACUGCGGGGAAGAAGAAGCCGCAGCCGCGUCAGCACAGGGGGGAUGGUUCGCUCUCCUUGUUUUCGGACAGUUUAUAUACGGAAUCAGCAGUACUCCUCUUAUGCCACUGGGAACUACGUUCAUCGACGACCACGUUAGAAAGGAGAGUGCACCUCUGUAUAUCGGGACGUCUUAUAUCGUGUUCGGAUUGGGGCCACCGCUCGGCUUCGUUCUCAGUUCUUUUGCCGUGAAGUUUUACGUCGACAUGGACAAGGGGAUCGACCCGGGCACGCUAGGCCUGACGCCCGCCAACCCGCUCUGGGUCGGCGCCUGGUGGAUCGGAUUCUUCAUCUGUGGAGCCGGACUGCUGGCCACGGCGUUCCCUAUGUUCUUCUUUCCGCCUGCCCUUAAGAGACCCCCAGACAGUGACGUGGUUCAGAAGAAAGACAAGAGCGAGAAGAAGAAGAUGCUCCCGAUGAUGGACAUGGACCGGGGUCCUCCCCUUCUGGACCCAGCCAAGGGACUCUGGAAACAAAUCAAAGGAAUGACGAAGAGUCUGAAGGAGGUUCUGACUAACGGGGUGUUCCUGGUGCUGUGUCUGUCCGGGGUCUGCAUGGUCUCGACUUUCGGCGCCUUCUCCUUCAUGCCCAAGUACCUGGAGUUGCAGUUCGGAGUCCCGAAGUCACAAGCAAACAUGUUGUUGGGAAUAGUGAUGUUGCCGUCUACCGUUUUCGGCAUCGUCGGGUCAGGAAUAGUCAUCAAGAAGUUCAAGCUGACGCCUGUGCAGUGUCUGUACAUGUCCGCUACAUCUGUGUUCCUGUCGGUCCUCCUCAGUAUCCCCAUGUUCUUCCUGGCCUGCCCACAGCCUCCUAUGGCGGGAGUCACCAUACCGUAUGGCUACAGCCCUUUGAUGCCGAACGCCCCCAGUCUCAAGAACGGAGACAUCAACCUGCUCUCCUCCUGCAACACGAAUUGCAACUGUAACUUGGACAAAUACAGCCCGGUCUGUGGGUCGGACGGAGUCACUUACUUCUCGGGCUGCCACGCCGGCUGCACCGAGAAACAGAGCUUCAUGCACCCGAUGGGGAUCAUGAUAUCGAACUUCUCCCGUUGCGGCUGUCUAGCCGAGUUACCACCGGAAGUUCUGAUGAAGAUGAUGGCCCAGAAAUUCGGAAAGCCAGAUGCAGGUGCGCCACCUGGCGGCGAAGAGAAACCCAAAAGUCAGCAGCCUUACAUCGAACCCAUGUGGGCAACUGCAAGUCCUCAAAGACUGAGGAGAAACGCAAACACAACGAACGGCGUCCCGGCUACGAACGUCAGUUCUACCACGCCCCCCAUUCCCGGAAUGGAGACUGGAAUGCCAGGAACGGGCUCUGGAAUGCCAGGAAUGGGUUCUGGAAUUCCAGGAAUGGGCUCUGGAAUGCCAGGAAACGGAUUUCCGGGAAUGCCAAACUUCGCCAUAGGUUUUCCGUGUCGUACCGACUGUAAUAAGUGGGGCGCAUUUAUCGCUGUGUUUGUAGUCGGUGGAUUCGCAGCAUCAUUCGGGUUUAUUCCUGUCAUCAUUUCCAUUCUUAGGUACUUUUGGGUGAGUUUUUACUUAUUGUUAAUUUUUUCUGCUUCUCGUAGGGCGCUAACACCUGAGACUAAAUCCUUCGGAAUGGGAGUCCAGACUGUGCUUGUCAAGCUUCUGGGCUUCAUCCCCUCGCCGAUCUACUUCGGCGCCCUGAUCGACACAACCUGCCGACUGUGGUCCACCACCUGCGGAAAACAGGGCGCCUGUCUGCUGUACGACUUAGACAAGAACAGGUACGCGUACUUUGGUCUCAUCAUAGCCCUGCGCACUCUCGGAGGCGUCCUAAUCCUGCUUGCUGCCUACCUCUUCAAGAGGAGGGAGCAGAACAAGCCCCUGGGGAGCAAGAACGGCGGCGUGACCAAGCAGGACAUCGCCGCUUCUUUGGGCUCCCUGACCGGCUCUAUGCACUCACUGGACAAGGUAGGCCACGACUUCAAUCGCCACCACCCCCAUCACGACGUGGAGAGAGACACAGAAGACCUCCGAGCUAAUAUCUGGAAGAGGAAGUUCGGGGAUGCAGAUCACAUUCCUAUGGCGUAGUUAUGUUUACCUUCGCAGAAGGAAAAGAUAUUGUUUUUGCUCUAUUUCUUCUUCCUCUUCUCCAAACAAAUAAGCUGAUACCUGAUGCCUAAUGACCUGAACCAGUCACCAUGGUAACUAGUGUUGAGUUACAUCAUGUUGCAAUUUUAUAGCAGAAGGGAUUUAGACUCCUGUCACCAUGAAUAUGAAUGGGUUUGAGUCAGAAUUAAUAGAGCAGACCAUACGCGAAGGUAAACAUUGUGCAUUUGCUUUGUAAAUGUUACCUUUCUAGUUCAGAUUUGAAACUGCAUCCCUAGCCUCGUUUUGGUGCAAGAUCUCGCGCGGUCUCGCCAAGCUGUAGUCUCGCGGGAGCACAUUUCAAAAUGGCCGCCUUGAAAUGAGCGUAUUUCCCACGGGCAUGUAUAUGACGUAUGGGAUGAAUAUGAUGCAUAUGCAUGUCUACAUUGUCAGUAUUUUGAAAAGCCAUUAAUUUAUCUUCCCUGGACUAAUUAUACAGAACGGCUAUUAUGUAACAUACUUAGGUGCACUGGAAGACGAUAAUCCCAUUUUUAUACCAGUAUUUGGGAUUGGUGCAUUGAUCAAAACGAAUAUAUCUGGAGAAAUAUUUUUAUAUGUUUUAAUCGGCAAUUAAUAGGGGAGUUGCAAAUAUAUUGAUCUUUGAAUAUCAAGCUACAUUCCGCGACAACAAUAUUAAUUGUAUGCAUAGAUAUUCCCAUAUACAUUUGUU